UCAAUAUCAAAACAAGCAUUUGCAGCUGGAGCUCGACCGUCUUCGAGCUCUGCACCCCUAUGCGACCAUCAUAUAUGCUGAUUACUACAUUCCAAUCAUGAACAUAAUCUCCAACCAAAACAAGAAUAGUAACAGAAAAGUGACUUUGGCUACUUGCUGUGGCGGCGGCGGCCCUUAUAAUUUCGGCAAUCUGGUGCAGUGCGGAGAUGACAGCGCAAGCGUUUGCGAUGACCCAUCGUUAUAUAUUUCCUGGGAUGGGGUGCACCUCACUGAAGCAGCUUACAGAUUCAUUGCUGAAGGAUUGUUGGAAGGGCCUUUUGCUGAUCCACCUAUAAAAGAAGUAUGCUAUAAAAGAAGUCAUGCUCAUAAGGUCGAUGAUGCCUGACGAAGAUGCUAAUCCAGGCAGUUAAGGAAAGGAAAAAAAUUUGAAAACCAAAAGCUUGGGUUCCCAUAUGCUAUGCCUCUGUUAAUCACUGCUAUAUGCCCUGUUAAACCUGUCCAGUAUCUUAACUAAUUGCAAGGGCGUAAAGAUGGACAUGGAUUCUCUAAACCUUAUGCUUGUUUGUGGGGUGUCUAAAAAGUAAAAAACACUCCAAAUUGUGGCUUAUGUCUAGAAAGUAAAAAAACUUCAUUUGUAUAAAACAA